AUGGCCGGCCACACGCAGCCGAGCGGGCGCGGGAACCCGGGCCCUGCGCCCUCGCCCUCCCCCGGCCGGGGUCCCGGCCCGGGCGCCUCGGAGCGGGUGGCGCUCAAGAAGGAGAUCGGGCUGGUGAGCGCCUGUACCAUCAUCAUCGGAAACAUCAUUGGCUCGGGCAUCUUCAUCUCCCCCAAAGGGGUCUUAGAGCACUCUGGCUCCGUGGGUCUGGCCCUCUUCGUCUGGGUCCUGGGUGGAGGCAUCACUGCCCUGGGCUCACUCUGCUACGCGGAGCUGGGAGUGGCCAUCCCCAAGUCUGGCGGGGACUACGCCUAUGUCACCGAGAUCUUUGGGGGCCUGGCUGGCUUCCUGCUGCUCUGGAGCGCCGUGCUCAUCAUGUACCCCACCAGCCUGGCCGUCAUAUCCAUGACCUUCUCCAACUACGUGCUGCAGCCCGUGUUCCCCAACUGUAUCCCGCCGGCUGCCGCCUCCCGCGCGCUCUCCAUGGCUUGCCUGAUGCUCUUGACGUGGGUGAACAGCUCGAGUGUGCGCUGGGCCACGCGCAUCCAGGACGUGUUCACCGGCGGGAAGCUGCUGGCCCUCUCACUCAUCAUUGGCGUGGGCUUUGUCCAGAUCUUCCAAGGACACUUUGAGGAGCUGAGGCCCAGCAACGCCUUCGACUUCUGGAUGACGCCGUCCGUGGGCCACCUGGCCCUGGCCUUCCUCCAGGGCUCCUUCGCCUUCAGCGGCUGGAACUUCCUCAACUACGUCACAGAGGAGCUGGUGGACCCUCGAAAGAACCUACCUCGUGCCAUCUUCAUCUCCAUCCCCCUGGUGACCUUCGUGUACACCUUCACCAAUGUCGCCUACUUCACUGCCAUGUCCCCCCAGGAGCUGCUGGCCUCUAACGCCGUGGCCGUGACCUUCGGGGAGAAGCUGCUGGGCUAUUUUUCUUGGGUCAUGCCUGUCUCUGUGGCACUUUCCACUUUCGGAGGGAUCAAUGGCUACCUGUUCACCUCCUCCAGAUUGUGCUUCUCUGGAGCCCGAGAGGGGCACCUGCCCAGCCUGCUAGCCAUGAUCCAUGUCAGACGCUGCACCCCUAUUCCCGCCCUCCUCGUCUGUUGCGGGGCCACGGCGGUCAUCAUGCUCGUGGGAGACACAUACACGCUCAUCAACUACGUGUCCUUCAUCAACUACCUCUGCUACGGUGUCACCAUCCUGGGUCUGCUCGUGCUGCGCUGGAGGCGGCCGGCGCUCCACAGGCCCAUCAAGGUGAACCUCCUCGUCCCCGUGGCGUACUUGGUCUUCUGGGCAUUCCUGCUGGUCUUCAGCUUCAUUUCAGAGCCCAUGGUGUGUGGGGUAGGCGUUAUCAUCAUCCUCACGGGGGUGCCCGUCUUCUUCCUGGGAGCGUUCUGGAGAAGCAAACCGAAGUGUGUGCACAGACUCACAGGGCUCCCCAGAGGAGGAGGAAAAUGGCCCCUGCCAGCCCUCCCCACUGCCUGCCACGGACAAGCCCUUGAAGACACAAUGAGACAUUUGUGGAGCCUGAAGCAGCUGUUUCUGUUUACAUGUUGUUUAUUGAGGAGGUGUUUUUGCAAAAAAAAAAAAAAUUUUUUUUUUCCUGGGGAAAAAUUCUGACUCUUAGAAGGGCUUGGUAAGGAAGCCCUGAAGAUGUGGACUGGGUUCCCUGUCAUCACUGCCCCACUAGC